AACCACUUUGGUUAUUCACGCAGCAAGUUUGUUUCGUAAGAAAACAAUUUGCUUUGCAUUGGCGUAAUUAAUAGAAAAUAAAUAAGUUAAAGCAAAUAUUUCGUCAGAUAACGAAUACUUGUGUUUUAUAUAUUUGUGAUAACAAACAUACAUACAUAACUAUGGAGGAAUAUACACGUGAGCCCUGUCCAUAUCGAAUUGUGGAUGAUUGUGGAGGCGCCUUUGCAAUGGGUUGCAUUGGUGGCGGUGUCUUUCAGGCAAUCAAAGGUUUUCGAAACGCUCCAUCGGGGACGAGCAGACGAAUGCUUGGAAGCUUAAUUGCAAUAAAAACUCGUUCACCUGUCAUAGCCGGAAAUUUUGCAGUAUGGGGAGGAAUGUUCAGUACAAUUGAUUGCACCUUAGUACAUUUUCGUAAGAAGGAAGAUCCGUGGAACUCUAUUAUAAGCGGUGCUGCAACUGGUGGUAUCUUGGCAGCCAGAAACGGCAUUCCAGCUAUGGCUGGAAGCGCAAUAAUUGGAGGAGUUCUCUUGGCUCUCAUUGAAGGUGUCGGAAUAUUGUUCACGAGAAUAUCUGCCGAACAAUUUAAAAAUCCAUCGCCGCCAACCGAAGACCCAGCUGCUCUUGGUGAUCCUUCAAAUUUCUCGUUUGGAAGCCCAUCCAACAAUAAACAAUAUCAAUAAAAAUGUUAUUACAUAUUUAA